CAUAAUCACGUCAUCCGUAUCUUAGAGUUGAUAUCCAAAGACAAAAGCCGAGGAACAUCAUUAGCUAUUUACCUUAAAAUGUCUAAAAAGAAAGGACUAAGUUUGGAGGAGAAAAGGAGUCGUAUGAUGGAGAUAUUUUUUGAAACUAAAGAUGUAUUUCAGCUGAAGGACAUAGAAAAAAUUGCCCCCAAAACCAAAGGAAUCACCCCCAUGUCAGUAAAGGAUGUACUGCAGAGUCUGGUGGAUGACAACAUGGUGGAUUCUGAAAGGGUGGGAACGUCCAACUAUUACUGGGCCUUCCCCAGCAAAGCCCUGCACGCUCGCAAACGCAGGCUGGAGGAGUUGGAGAAACAGAAUGCGGAAGGAAGUCAGCGGAGAGAUGCGCUCCUACAGGCUGUGGAGAAAGCCAAAGAAGGACGAGAAGAGAGUGAGGAGAGAGCUGCUCUUCAGAAAGAGCUGGCGGGUGUGGGAGAGCAGAGGGAGACGCUGCAGGCUGAGCUGGAGAAAUACAGAGAGUGCGACCCAGAAGUGGUGGAGGAGAUGCGUAAGGAAAACAUUACUGCAAAGGAGGCUGUAUCCAGAUGGACAGAUAAUGUAUUUGCCAUCAAAUCCUGGGCCAAAAGAAAGUUCUGCUUCGAGGAUAGUCAACUGGAUAAAGCCUUUGGAAUUCCAGAGGACUUUGACUACAUGGACUAACCAAAUAUCUUCUAUCCAGACACAUGCCCACAAAGAAUGUCCACUAUUAAACAAUUUCCCCCAACAUUCAAGAGAUUGCUGCAUUUGCAUUGAUUUGAUCCUUUACCAACUGUGCAUCAUGUCUCAGUGAAGACCACAAUACAGAGCCAGGGCCAGUCUUUGAUUGUCUAACCACUCGUGAUCGAUUUCCCCAGGUUAAAAAUGCCUCGCUCGUGCUGCAUCCCAAGCUUGUACAACCAAAGUGUUACUGCUUUAAUAGAACCAGCAAAACUAGUCGGACUGAAAGGUCACUUUCUCCCAAAUGGCAGCGAAAAUGAUUCUUGCGUGUAAGAGGAGAAGGUACCAUGUGAGGUUCUGGCUGCUCUGAAGACUUCCGAUAUACCCUUGGCCAGGUUCAUGUCUGGGGGCACCUGUUUAUUGGGGUAAACUAAGCCGGGGUGUCUUGCUGACGGACAUGAGGCACGUAACUAGGGCUGCUAAGACACGGAACGAAAAACGCACAUCAAAGUUUAAGCAGUAUUGACUGAUCAUCUUGGUCUUGUGUACAGGACAAAAACAAUAACUUAAGUAAGCUUUUGGAAAAACUAUUUUUCUUAAUGUAUGUAUUUGGCCUUAUUGAAGGCAUCUAAUGCAUUAUAGGCUUCAACACAUCUGAUAUGUUGAGGUAGCUCAGUGUGUAGGCAAAGGAUUGUGUGCUGUAAUUAUUUUUUUUUUGCGUCCUGGAAAACCACUUGAACAUGUGCUUAUCAAAUUUAUUUUUUCAACCUGUGUAAUAUUUGAUUUCUUAAAUGUUUAGUACCAUUUUGUAUGGACCUUGUUUUAAAUGCCAUUUCUUUUUUGUCCUUUAAUCAUCUUAGUUGUAUCUUGAUAUGGUGAUAUUGUAUCUAAAAAUAAACAAUAACUACCCUGUA